UCAUUCACGAAACCAGUCAUGCCAGCUCACCGUGAAAGCAAAGCUACCAAAAACUGAAGUGUCUGUUUCUGGUGUGAGGCUGUCUCUGGCUGGGACGUGUCUGUUGGUUGUGAAGCCGAUCGAAUCAGCAGAGCUACUUAGAAAGCUGCAGCAGCUGAAAAGUUGCAUCGUGUGCCCGCCUCUGUGUGUGUGUUUUCCCAGGCGUGGGUCGGCUGUCGUACCAGGCUGUCCAAUAACUUCAGCAGAUAAACAACUUCUACUGAUCUCAGCUUCUUUCCUUCGGGGCUGGAAUUUUCUCCUCCCAAGGCACUGUACCUCAGGCCAAAUCCAGUGACCGAAUUCAGUAGAAAAAUGGAGUCUCCCAGUAAGGUCCACCAACACCCAGUGAUUACAACAGGUUUGUCUGUGGAUGCGCAAUUGGCUGUGGACCCACUGGUGACGUGCAAGCUCUGCCUUUGUGAAUACCCUCUUGAUGGAAUGACCACUCUGGAGCAAUGCAACUGUUUCUUCUGCACCAUGUGCUUAAUGCGCUACGUGGAACUGAUGAUCAAAGAAGGUUGUGGAUCUCCUAUCACAUGCCCAGAGCUUGGAUGUCCUAAAAAUGGGGUCUUGCAGGAUACAGAGAUUGCAUGUUUGGUUCCAGCUGAUGUGCUUCAGCUGUACCAGCAACUGAAAUUUGAACAAGAAGUCCAUCUGGAUCCUUUCAGGACAUGGUGCCCCAGGGUCCAAUGUCAGGCUGUAUGCCAGGUAGCUGAUUCUCACCAGGCUGUGUCAGUCCAAUGUCCCUCCUGCCAGGAGGAGUUUUGCUCCAUUUGCAAGGCCAGUUGGCAUCCAGGGCGGGCAUGUCAAGAGAGCCAGCCCUUAAUGCCCUCAAAAGCAAAUGGUGCAAGUGAUUCCACCAGCUUUGACCCUGAUGCUCCCAUUAAACAGUGUCCAGUGUGUCAUAUCUUCAUAGAACGAAAUGAAGGUUGUGCUCAAAUGAUGUGUAAAAACUGCAAACACACCUUUUGCUGGUAUUGUCUUCACAAUCUGGAUAAUGACAUUUUCUUGAGACAUUAUGACAGAGGUCCAUGUCGCAACAAACUUGGCCACUCUAGAGCCUCAGUUAUUUGGAACAGAACCCAGGUUGUCGGGAUCCUCUUUGGAUUAGGCCUUAUUGUGCUAGUCACAUCUCCACUUCUCCUCCUGGCCUCUCCCUGCAUCAUUUGCUGUGCCUGUAAGUCCUGUAGGAGUAAGAGGAAACACCAUGGCCCUUCAUCUACAUAAGCUGAGGAAACCAGUGCACCAAUGUUCUCUGGGUGCCAAGCCUUCCUCACUCCACCUGGACCAUCUUCUUCUUGAAGUGCCUACUGGAUCAGUGCUGUGAAAAUAUAUAUAGUAUAGACUAUGGGGGAAGGGGAAGUUGGUGGUAGCUUUGAUUUGGGAGGUGUCGUUGUAGUGACCGAAAGAAUCAGGUCACACUAAAGUGCAAUCGGUGAAUAUAGCAUUGCUCAGGUGUCUCAACAGCAUGCUGCUGCACCCUAAUUUUCUCAAUGAGGAUGACUGUGUGCUUUCAGUUAAAUAUUCUGCCCACCCUUAACAUUUCUCCCUUUGCCUGCUCUCCCAUAACAGACCCAUUGUGCUUUAGCAGGUUUCUUAUUUAUAUGUUUUAUCCAGCUUGGGACAGAAUAAGAUUCUCAAUUAUAUCAUUUUCCAUCACUUGGACAAGGCAGUGUUUGACAUCCACAAAAAUCCUUUACCUACUACCAUAUAUGAAAAAAAUUCAUUGAAAUUCACUUGAACGGGGCAAUAUAAGACUCAAACUCAAAGCCAUCUAAGCCCCUUCAAUGAGAAACUGCAUUGCUUUACCACCGGAUUGUUAUUCUGAUAUUUAGACUAUGAUGGUUGUGUUGUUUCAUUUCCGUUUUCACACUAACGUACUUGUUAAUGUCAAGCUUAUGUGCAGAAGCACGAAAUGUGCAUUUGGUACCAAAUCUUAUGAAACUUAUCUCCCAUCAUCAAGGCUGCAAACGGCGAAUCGCAAGAAACCGAUCAUGACGUUCUCUUUUCUUUUAGUGCUUUAAGGUUUGUUGUGAAUGGAGGCGAAUAUCUAGCAUGACUAUGAAUGUGAAGUGAAUUCUUAAUAUAUAAGCACAUUUACAAAUACCAUUGGCAUUAAGUUUAGACAACUGUCUACCAUGGAUUGGGAAAAUCAGCUUUCGAGAAAGUGGGUUAAUUUUGGGUGUUGAAGUAAUAGCCAGACAAUUCCCAUCAAGGGGUUGAUUUUUUUUUCAGUCUGUUGGAAGCAGGUCAAGACUCAGAAUCAGGAUUGAAGUUACAAAACAAUGCAUCAAGCUGGUUCCCCAGUGCAGCUGUAUCUUGCCAGAGACAGGGCCAACGUAACAGAGGCUAUGGAUCCAGCACCAAUAGGCAAUGAUUAGAUCGAUGAAUGGCCCAAUAGGGGAGAUUCUGAUUGUGAUAUUGCUGUCUUUCCAAUGGUGGAUGGGCUCCUCAAGUGAGUCCAGAGCUUGACUGGCAACUCGAGUGGCAAAUCAGUGUGCCAUGGAUGUUGUCCACUCUUAUUACCUCAGCAUGGACCCACUGGGAUAUCUCAUGGCAUCCAUAGAGAAAUUUCCUUUUUAUAAUCGUGGCCUGAUAGCUGUGGCCAUGUGUGAUUUUUAAAAUUAUUUCCAGUAGUUAUACAGAGCCCCUCCAUAUUGAGGUCCCCCUAUAGUCUCUCAUGACCUCAGUUCAUUUCUCCUGGAGAAAUUGCUAGCCCUAAUAUUUGUCCUCACACUUCCAUUGUCUACCCACCAUCCUUAGUUGGACAGGGCAUCGUGAUUCCCCUUGGAAGAUCGCAGCCAGCAUCUUGAACCACUAUCUCCAGGUUCAUGAACAGAUUUGAAAGUGACAUCAGCAUUGUGACCCAACCAGAAAAAAAUCAGUCCCAAGUUUUUGGAUACCUGACCCAAUGUCGCAUUUGGUUCAGUGUCAAAGUUUUGCCUGAUUAUAUUCCUAUUAAGUACUAUUGACAUUUGUUUUGCUGUUUAAAAAGUACUAUAUAAUUAAAAAUUGCUGUUAUUGCAUCUAAUUAGAAGAGGUCCACUUUCUUAGUCUCAUAUUAUAACUAAUGCUCUCAUCACUGAUUAUCCUAAUUAAUCCCUUCUGCUACUUGUAUGGCCUGAUCACUUUCUAAAAGGAGAUGCCCAACCUGCAUACAGAAGCUGAAACUGGCUUUUAACCCGCCAUUUAUUUAUUUGGAUUUUCAGCAUAUCUUGUCUCCAUAUAAGAAGGUAUAUGCUUCCAUCUGUACUAUUGCUGCAGAUGUAAUGGUAUUUCUUAGUCUCUUUUAUACUCUUUUAACAACAGAUUCAUGAGAAUGAGAGAGACAAUGAGGAGAAACAAAUGAAAGUAAGUUUUGAAUAUUAUCAGUUAAAAAAUAUUCCAUUUCCAAUGCGACUCCAGCAACAAUACUGUCCUAUUCUGUAAUCUAUAGAUUGAAAAGGGAUACUCAGAGACUAGGAAGUAAAUAUUCUAUCCACCUUUUGAUAACAGAAGUUGAAAGAUAAAACAACAUGGUGAGCUUUGGCGACCCAUAAUUUGGUCAAUUUUCUUGAGAAGAAAUGAUCCCAAUUUAAACUUGGUCGUUUGGCUAGACUUGAAUCUGCUCAUGUUUUCCCGUUUACGGUGGAAUAUCUUAUUGGUGACAUUUGAGCUAAAGUUUUCUUAGAAAAUUUGAGGUUAUCAUAGGAAUGAGGGAACAUAUGACAAAAAAAUCUCAACAUCCAUUUUGUGAGGAUAACAAAUCCUUUUGAUGAAUGUACGAGUUAUUUUUGCAUUAUUAAAAGUUAUAAUACCAUUUUUAUUUUACUGUUAGGUGUGUGUUUUAAAAAAGAAACAGCAAAAAUUUGAUUGAGAUUGGAAAAAUAUGACGAAAUGCACAUUUGGUAAAGGUAUAGAUUUUAAGGAAUUGUCUUCACAGUGCAAAGAUAUAUCUUGUGGGAGAAAAUAUUAGAAAGUUGAAUGAGGCAGUGGGUUAACUGUGUGCAGGAUUCGUAGAUUAUUAUCUCCAGUAGUCAAAGGUUGUCAGGAGCACAAAUCUGUAAACUUAUAACUACAACAUUUAGUUGUGAUAUUGCUAAUACUGCACAAUAAUUGCAUCAAAGAGCCUACUUUUUAACAUGAUAUUUUCCAGGAUAUUUUCCUUUUGGGAUUCCCUAAAUGUUGACCUCAUGGAUAUGUAAUCAUCCCUUGUGAAUUUUCCUUCCCCAUUGAGUGUAUGGAAUAGUGUCAUGAUGUCUUUGAUUGCUAGUCUGAGAGAGUACAUAAAGCCUCAGAUUAUUAUUUCAAAUGAAACCUAUCACACUUAACCUAAAUUAUCUUCUCGCAUCUUAUCAGAUGACGUUGAACUUGUGGCUCGCUGAUUCAGACAAGGAUGGAAUCAUUGAACCACAAUGAUGCUAAAUCUCCCAACUACUCCUUGACUUGGUCCAUCCAAGGAAGAGAGUGAUUUUGGGCUUGAACCAUAUUUGUCAAGUGGUAGUUUAUGACACUGUAAAGCCUAGAAAACCCCUUGAAAAGUAAAUGUAUUCCUCAAGGACGAAGAGGAAGUCUAAACAUUUACUGGAGACCAGGCCCAAGGUUUGCCAGAUUUUGUUUUGCUCCCAGCAGGCAUGGAAUUGAUACUGUAAUCAGACUUUGCAUGUGCUCUUGCUGCCAGACCAGUUUUUUCUGAUUGAGUGAUUGUGCUGUGAUGGGAGCCUGCAUUGAAGUUAUUGAGAAGGGAUGGAAGAUUUCUGGGCAGCACUUUCAACUUGAAAUGGCACAGAAAGUCACCUGAAGAGGCCACACAAACUGCACGUAGGCCGUCCCUGAUCAGUUUUAUUACUUAAAGCAUUAGAGCAGAGGGUGGAGGAAAAUGUGUGAGGAUAGAGAGUGUUCCAUCAUAAGAUCAUGGAUGAUUUGCUUUGCCUUUAAAAUGUACUGUUUGCAAACAGCAUUGUAGUAUCUGAGCUUUCUGUGAGCUUCCUUUCUAAGUACUCACACGGUAUCUCAUGCAUUUAUAAAAGCAAUCUUAAAAUCCAUAGUAUGGACACAGGUCCUUUGGCCUAACAGGUCCAUACUGAACCUCUGAAGAGUAGCCCGCCCAGACCAAUUCCCCGAACCUGUAUUGACCUCUGACUAAUGUACUUAACCUAUACAUCCCUGAACACUCUGGGCAAAUUGUGCAUGGCCGAUUCACUUAACCUGUACAUGUUUGGACUGUGGGAGGAAACUGGAGCACCUGGAGGAAACCCACAUAGAUACGGGGAGAAUGUGCAAACUCCACACAGACAAUCACUGAAGUUGGAAUCAAACCCGGGUCCCUAACGCAGUGAGGCAGCAAUGCUAACCACUGAGCCACUGCACCACCCUUAAAAAGGAAAGGAAGUCAAAACUUGGGAUUUGUCCUGACUUUUGCAGCUGAUGUUUUAAUGUUUUUUUUUAUUAGGACUUGUGAAAAUGCAGAUUCUUUUUUGUCAUGUACUGAGCUGACUUAUUGCACUUCUGCAUCUUUUUAGGUUUUUUUUAAACCUCUCAAUUAUUUUUGUUUUCAAAGUGUUAAUAGUGUACAUUUAUCAUAUUUAGAAAUAUUUCUGAAAAGAGAGACAUGUUGAAGUUUUUUCAUCUUGCAUUCAUCAGGACAAAAUCACAAGAAAACCAAAUCUCUCAGAACAACAUACUGCAGGAGAAGAGGGUACUGAUUAGUUGACAGGUGGGCUUUGAUAGAGGUGUUACCAUGGGGAAUGCACCAAGGAAUAGUUAACUUCCAUGCUUUUACUUAAAUUCAGACCAAGCAAGUCAACGCUGAUUUGGCUAAAUCAUUGCCUGGAGGAAUGCACCAGGGAAUAGUUAUCCCCCAAGCUUUUGUUUAAGUGAAAAGGAACAACACUAGGCUAUGUUCUUUGUGUUCAUUGAAAGACAAAGCACCAUAUGUAAAUAUGUGUAGCUCCUAGCAAACACAAGGGAGUUGUUAAUGCAACUGUUAGCAUAUUUGUGAUUGUUUACCAAGUGUUGUAUAUUUGGGGAAAUUCCAUCCAAUGGUGGAACUUUAUUUUCUGAGUUUUACAAUCAUGGGCUUAUUGAGUAUGGUCAGUAUGCUGCCUGUUUUGAAUAGCCAUCGGAAAACGCUGUUUGAUAUGAUCUACCACUUCCUGCGAUACAUUGUCUGGUUUUCGUGUGAUUCUAUCUUGAUAGUGCAAAACAGAAAGUUUUAAUCAUGUGUCUGUCUUUACUUCAACAAUACGCCAGUUCUGUACAAGAUAACAACUAAAUCUCUGUGUGUUCUGGGAACAGCUCACUGUGCUUGUAUCCCUUAUUUUGUACAAUGAAUUGUGGAGGCAUAUUUAGUACAAUUAGACAAUGUUAGCAAGCUUACAGUGACGUUGAAAAUGUGUUGCUGGUUAAAGCACAGCAGGUUAG